AUGGGUUCGCCCGCCCGACUGCGGCCUCACAAGCCCGUGAAUGGACGAGAGUCUGCAACUCGCGUCACUCAUCCAGGAGCCUAUGGUGGCGCGGGAGGGUUCCUGAGGGCCAAUGAACAACGGCAUGGGGCUGUCAGUCAGGGAGGCCUGAACCAAUGGAAGGUGGACUGCGGGGGCGUCACGGACAGAGGACUUGGGCUGAGGCUCCCCCGCGGGCGGGCGCAGAGAGACGCGGGAAGCAGGGGCUGGGCGGGGGUCGUGGCGCCGCAGCCAGCGCAGCCAGCCCCAGGGGCCGCCGCCUCCGCUGCCCAGCGCGCUCCGGGGCCGCCGGCCUCCUUAGCACCCGCCGCGUCGCAGCUCCGGGACUGGCCCCGGCCGCGACGCCGCCGCGAUGGGGGCAACGCCGCCGCCGCCAAGAAGGGCAGCGAGCAGGAGAGCGUGAAAGAGUUCCUAGCCAAAGCCAAGGAAGAUUUCCUGAAAAAAUGGGAGACCCCUUCUCAGAAUACAGCCCAGUUGGAUCAUUUUGAUAGAAUCAAGACCCUUGGCACCGGCUCCUUUGGGCGAGUGAUGCUCGUGAAGCACAAGGAAAGUGGGAACCACUAUGCCAUGAAGAUCUUGGACAAGCAGAAGGUGGUGAAGCUGAAGCAGAUUGAGCACACUCUGAAUGAGAAGCGCAUCCUGCAGGCUGUCAACUUCCCGUUCCUGGUCAAACUUGAAUUCUCCUUCAAGGACAACUCAAACUUGUACAUGGUCAUGGAGUACGUGCCUGGUGGAGAGAUGUUCUCCCACUUACGGCGGAUCGGGAGGUUCAGUGAGCCCCACGCCCGUUUCUACGCGGCGCAGAUCGUCUUGACCUUUGAGUAUCUGCACUCCCUGGACCUCAUCUACCGGGACCUGAAGCCCGAGAACCUUCUCAUCGACCAGCAGGGUUAUAUUCAGGUGACAGACUUCGGUUUUGCCAAGCGUGUGAAAGGCCGUACUUGGACCUUGUGUGGGACCCCCGAGUACUUGGCCCCCGAGAUUAUCCUGAGCAAAGGCUACAACAAAGCUGUGGACUGGUGGGCUCUCGGGGUCCUCAUCUACGAGAUGGCUGCUGGUUACCCGCCCUUCUUCGCUGACCAGCCUAUCCAGAUCUAUGAGAAAAUCGUCUCUGGGAAGGUGCGGUUCCCAUCCCACUUCAGCUCUGACUUGAAGGACCUGCUUCGGAACCUCCUGCAGGUGGAUCUCACCAAGCGCUUUGGGAAUCUCAAGAACGGGGUCAAUGACAUCAAGAACCACAAGUGGUUUGCCACAACUGACUGGAUUGCCAUCUAUCAGAGAAAGGUGGAAGCUCCCUUCAUACCAAAGUUUAAAGGCCCUGGGGACACGAGUAACUUUGACGACUAUGAGGAGGAAGAGAUCCGAGUCUCCAUCAAUGAGAAAUGUGGCAAGGAGUUUACUGAGUUUUAGGGGUGUGCUUGUGCCCCAUGGGUUUUCUUUUCUUUUCUUUUUUUUUUCUUUUUCUUUCUAUUUUUUUUUCUGGUUGGGGGUGGGGGGGUUGGAUCGAACAGCCAGAGGGCCCUAGAGUUCCAUGCAUCUAAUUUAACAUCCACUCCACACCCCCAGGGUUAAGGAGAGCAGGAAAGUCAGAUACUGGGGAAGGGGCAACAUCAGCUGCUCCCCCUCUCCCUUCACCUCCACCCUUCCCUGCCUGUUUUCAAUGAAUUUCUUAGCUCCAGUCAUACUCAAUCUUGCUGGUGUAUCCAGGGGCGGGUAGGGAAAGAGGGGCCCAAAUUCAGCCUCCACCCCUACCCCAGCACUGGAUACUAAGGAUGAACAGUAAAGCCAACCUUCCCUUCCAUGCAGCCCUACCUGGAAAGGGAGAUUUUAUGACCUGUACAGAGGGCUGCUUGCCAGUGGGUUUUUUUUUUUCUCAUUUAAAUUAAGUUCCACCAGUGCCUCCCACCCUCCAAAUUGUCCCACCCCUCUCAACCCCACCCCCACUCCCUCAAUCCAUUCUGAUGAGACCCGGGUAGCCAACUGACUCUGUCAAGGAAGGAACUGGGCUUGGAACCUCGCCCCGAGCUGCUAGCCUCCCGGCCCCCCUUUCCAGUGGUCUCAUGCCAAUUGUUCUGUGCACCAGCCCCCCUAAGAAGCCCCUCCCCAUCCUGGGCGCUCACUUCUAGCUUAGCUGUCAGCUGUCCAUCACCUCUUGCCGUGUGUCCCCACUCACUGCACCCCCAAGUCUGAUUGUGCUUUUUCUCUCAAUAGAAAGGUGGGGAGCUGCUGGGGAAAUGACCCCGUUUAUCCCUGUGUUUAUCCCUCUCGUAACUUCUCCCAAAAAGGAGGAGCUCUCAGGCCUGGGUGGGGGCCCCGGGUGGGCGAGAGGGGCCGUUCAACCUGUGUGCUUCGAAGGAUGAGACUUCCUCUUGAACAGUGUGCUGUUGUAAACAUAUUUGAAAACUAUUACCAAUAAAGUUUUGUUUUAAAAUAAAA